CUCGCGCACCUCUUCCGGCGCGACGCGCCGGAGUUCAUCGGCUGGCACGGCACGAACAGCGACACGGCCGCGUUCUGGAAGCAGCAGGGCCAGCUCGCGAAGCCGACGAAGGCGACCGGCUUCUUCGACUUCUUCGACUUUGACUCGAACCAGGCCGCGGGCAGCAGCGGCGCGGACGCGGAGAACGGGCCCGGGGUGUACGUCACCGACGACAAGGACAUCGCGAUCGCGUUCGCGAACAACAACGCGAAGGUGAACAAGGGCACGACCGCGGUGCUCUGCGCAAUCUUCGCCAAGAGCUCCGCGAACUGGCGGACGGCGGUCCGCAAGGCGUUCCUGCCCGAGGCGCUCGUCGGCGACUCCGCGACGGCGUCCGUCAAGGCCGCGAAGGAGACCUCGCGCACGCUCUACCUCAAGUCGGUCGUGCCCGGGGUGAGCGCGGCGAACGUCGUCCGCUUCUCGCUCCUCAACCGCUCCACGAAGACCGGCCAGCUCGUGCUCCCCGCGGGCGUCACGAGCCUGUUCACGGCGCAGUGCGUGGCCACGAACGCGGCGCUCCCCGCGGGCACGAGCGACUUCCCGGCGUUCAGCUACAACGGCGCGGCGCUCCGGAGCACGUGGGACAUCGCCGCGGAGCAGACGUGCUCGGCCUGA